AUGACUUUUGCAGACAAAUCCUCUGAAGUUGGUGCAGAAAUAGACCAAGAAACAGACAAUACCUGUUAUGACUUGUGUGAAUCAAUUCCAGGCCUUUACCGUUUAUUAGACUUAUGUAAAGACAAAGGGUCGAAUGGUCUUGUUGACAAGAUAUUGAUUUCAGAGCAGCAUUUGAAGAAACUUUGUAAUGAAAUGAUAUCAAGCAGCUUUAAAUCGAUUUCUAAAAUUCAAUUUGAACGGUUGAAUUCCUGUCUUGUUCGUCUUAUUGGAUGUUAUGGUAGAAAUGAUCUCAUUGCAAAAUUAUUAUUGAAUAAAGGUGUUAUUAAUCAUGCAAUUUAUGAGCAACUUUUAAAACCUUAUAAUAUAAAUGAUAUAAAAUCUUUGCCAACUUUAAGACCUGGUAUUUAUCUUCAGAGACUGCCAUCUUCCUCUGAAGACAUUAAUUCGAACCCGAACCAAUUUUUAGUCAUUCACUGGAGUGAAAAUGGUUGUUAUGAAGAUUCUGCAUCAUCUUAUCGAAAAAAGAAUUUGACCAAUUUACAUAG